CCCUCGCUAGCAUGCUGUGGUCGGGCGAGUGCUGAGAACAAACUUCUAGAGCUUGCUCAUGAGAUCGCAGAAGGCAGGAAAUCAGGGAAGGCAGAGUGCGAGAGUGAGCAAGCGAGACUGUGCUGGUGCCAUUCCCUGAUGUGAGGACAGGCUGGGCUGCUGUCCGGGAGGUUGUUUCCAUGGUCUACACCCCAAGGAUGGAGACUAGCAUGUGACUGGGAAGGUGCUUUCACUCACUGGCCAUGGAAAUCUGAAAACAGCUCAUCCACAUCUCACGCCAAGCAGGGACCAUGGGCUGUUGCUGUAGUUCUGACCAUGAAGAUGACUGGAUUGAGAACAUUGACAUCUGUGAGCACUGCAAUUACCCCAUAGACCCAGCUACUAAAUCCCAGAGGCUGAUACGCAACGGCUCCGAGAUGCGCGAUCCUCUGGUGUCCUAUCAAACGGGGACACCGCCCUGCUCCCCUUUCCAAGAUAAACUGGUGAUUGCUUUGUAUGACUAUGAACCCACUCAUGAUGGGGACCUGGGGCUCCAGAAAGGGGAGAAGCUCCGAAUACUGGAAGAGAGUGGGGAGUGGUGGAAAGCCCAGUCGCUCACCACUGGCCAGGAAGGUGUUAUUCCCUAUAACUUUGUCGCUAGGGUGAAUAGCCUGGAGCCAGAACCCUGGUUCUUCAAGAACCUCAGCAGGAAGGAUGCAGAGAGGCAGCUCCUUGCUUCUGGGAACACCCACGGCUCCUUCCUGAUCCGGGAGAGUGAAUCCACCAAAGGCUCCUAUUCCCUGUCAGUGAGAGAUUUUGACCAAAACCAGGGGGAGAUGGUGAAGCACUACAAGAUCCGAAACAUGGACAAUGGGGGGUACUACAUCUCCCCCCGCAUCACCUUUGGCAGCCUGCACGAGCUUGUGGAGCAUUACACACGUAACACCGAUGGCCUGUGCACCCGCCUCGGCAAGCCCUGCCAGACCCAGAAGCCGCAGAAGCCCUGGUGGCAAGAUGAAUGGGAGGUUCCCCGGGAGACACUCAAGCUAGUGGAGAGGCUGGGAGCAGGGCAAUUUGGAGAGGUCUGGAUGGGUUACUAUAAUGGUCACACCAAGGUGGCCAUUAAGAAUUUGAAGCAAGGCAGCAUGUCUCCCAGUGCUUUCCUGGCUGAAGCCAACCUCAUGAAGAACCUGCAGCACCCCCGGCUGGUGCGGCUGUACGCGGUGGUGACUCAAGAGCCCAUUUACAUCAUCACAGAGUACAUGGAGAAAGGAAGCCUGGUGGAUUUCCUCAAAACCUCUGAAGGAAUAAAACUGACAGUCAACAAGCUGCUGGAUAUGGCAGCACAGAUUGCCGAGGGAAUGGCUUUCAUUGAGGCAAAGAAUUACAUCCACCGCGACUUGCGAGCUGCCAACAUCCUGGUGUCAGAGACCCUCUGCUGCAAGAUCGCCGACUUUGGGUUAGCUCGGCUCAUAGAGGACAAUGAGUACACUGCCAGGGAGGGAGCCAAAUUCCCCAUUAAGUGGACGGCACCCGAAGCUAUUAAUUAUGGUACAUUCACCAUCAAAUCUGACGUCUGGUCCUUUGGGAUCCUCCUCACAGAGAUCAUCACCUAUGGCCGGAUCCCCUAUCCAGGGAUGACGAACCCAGAAGUGAUACAGAAUUUGGAGCGGGGCUACCGAAUGCCUCAGCCAGAUAACUGCCCAGAGGAGCUGUACGAACUGAUGAAGAAAUGCUGGAAGGAGAGGCCAGAGGACCGUCCCACCUUUGAGUACAUGAAGAGUGUGCUCGAGGACUUCUUUACUGCCACUGAGGGCCAGUACCAACAGCAGCCAUGAUGGAAUGGGGCUAGAGGCAUCCUCACGUCAGGAUGGGCGGAGGGGAACAGCCCCUAUGCAUUAGCUCGUCAGAAACUUUAUGCAGAUCAGGCCUUGGCAUUUGGAUCACAGCAAAUGUUGGCAGGACCUCAGCUCUCCCUCCGUCAAUAGCAAAGAUGCAUGUUCCUGGAGCACGCUCAGCCAGCAGACCUUGCCUCAAAGCAGACCAGAGGCACUGAGUUGACAAGUGUUUUGACCCAAGAUGCUGCUAGAUCUCUUUCUGAGCUCCCUCUGCAAGUAUGCACGUGCUACUUUACCCAUCUCAGUGCCAUGUGCAUACUGGCUUCAUGCUCACUCACAAUGCAUCUGUCCAGAUAACCACACAGAUACAUGGCCAUGCAGAUGGUCAUUGCCUGGACCAUAUUUGUUCCUGCGGGCCUAGACACACCCAUGCUAUACAGACAGAGUGUACUCCUAGCGAGAGGCACUGUCAAGUCUUAUAAACUUCUCUCUGGCAACUAUAAUCACAAAUUUGAUCUGAAAAUAACAUAGGGGCCAAACUUGCUUACAGUCUCAGAUAAUGCUCAGAACACAAGAACAAUCGCACUGGAUCAGCUGGACCCCAUCUCAGCACUGAUUUUCCACAAUGAGAUGCUCAAAGGGCUACAAAGUGGAACUCCCUGUGUCCCGUCCACCCCCAAGUUCCCCCUGCAAUAUUUCUUUGGUGGUUUUUUAUUCCUUUCAGUAGUGGAGAUGGAUGGUAUAUCAAUGCCAAGGUGUUUUGCAUGAACAUGCCAGCUGUGUGACUGGAAGCUGUCCAAGGCUGGGGCUGUGAUCAAGGCAUGCAAAUAGCUGCACUCACCACAGGUACUGUAGAAGGACACAGGGCCCAUUGUGCAAUGCAACAGGGGCAAAACCUCUUCACAUUUAGAGCUCAGAUCCCUGGAAGAUGGUGUAUAGGACACCACUGUUCAUGUCUGUUGGUCCCAAGGUCACCAAAGCAGUCAUUCUCUGUACUGCUGACUUAUCUUUCUUCACUCUGAAACCACACUGCUGGACUCUGACUAGUGCCAUUCACACCAACAACCUUUUAGAGAGUUUGGUAAAGUAAUUACCAGAUUCAACCAUGUUAUGAAAGGGAGAAAGGAGUUUACAGUCGUGAAGAAAAAGUGCUGAUUGCAGCUCAGAUGAUCGGGCUAGGUACAGAUGUUCAGAAAAGCCUGAAGUGGGAGCAACCUAAGUUACGUGGUUUUCUGUAAGCAGUAUAAUUUAAGUCAGUAGCAAACAGAACACGUGUUCGCUUUCUGAUGCGGGGGGAGGGCAAAUCUCAGACUGGGGUCCGCCAGUUUUAAACCGGUCAGUGUGUCUAACUUCUGUUAUGGGUAUAGGCUGGUUUCCAAUCACUUAUACCAGUAAAAGUGCAAUGUCUGUACAUGGUCUCAGUGAGAAGUAGAGAUGCACAGGACUCUGCUCCAACCAGCAAGACUGCUUUGGUUACCCCAAACCCCAGACACUGGCAUUCUGUAAUAUACUUAGAGAUGGACUUAAACAGCACCAUUUAGAUCCAGAACCGUAGCCUUUCAGAAUUGGCACCAGACCAGCAGGGGUGGGAGUGUGAGGCUCUAGGUAGGCCCAUCAGGGAAGGGUUUCAGCAUAGUCUCACUAAAGGCUUGCUCACCAGAAACCCACCCAGAUUUUUGGUUUAGGAAUGAGCUAUCCUGAAUGACCAGACGUUCAUUGUAAGAUUUUUCUUUCUCCAUUUCAUUGUAAAGCCCUGUCCUGUAUUGCUGUUUUACUUUCAUUAAACAACAAAGUAAUGAU